UGCAUUGUGCUGUAUUAAUUGUGUUUUCUCACGCAGAGUUCAGGGGCUUAUUGGGAUUUAAUUCCACUAAUUCAUAUGAAUAUACUUAUAUUUCAAUAAUAUUUCGACCUGUAGGUUCAACAGGUGUUACAGAGCAGCAGCAAAGGGCAGAUAGCACCUGGGCAAGGAGAUAUGGACCAAUCAGACUCCCUUCAUCGAACCCACGCUUUACGGUAUACUCUAACUACUCACUGGUGAUCAGCCCAGUGCAGGAAGGUGAUGACGGUGUGUAUGGCUGCAUGGCAAGAAAUGGACUCGGCCCCACUGAGCGCAAGAUUAUCAGCCUGACCCUGAACGAGCCUGUUAAAGCCGUGAUCCUCACACAUACGUCAGCAUAUGACACGGGAGAUGUAGUAUCACUGCAGUGUGUAGGCAGUGGUUAUCCUCAGCCACGCAUUGAUUGGACAUUCAAUGGUCUGCCACUGUACACAACUGGACGUCGCGAGGUGUAUGGUAAUGGCACACUUGUGCUGCAUGAUGUCAGCAAGGCAGAUGAUGGCAGGUACUCGUGCAAGGUCUCCAACCAGCAGUCGUCAUCUUCAACGUCAACGUAUGUCAACGUCAGAAGUGAGUAUGCUUCAAAAUGUUGAACGUUUUAUUGUUCAUGUACCCGGUGACAUUCUGA